CUUCACAUGUUUUGAGUAUUACCUUUUUUGGAUUUAAAUUACCGUCAGUGAGAUACUUAAGCAGUAUGUUAGGAGUAACCAUUAUGGGAAAUACUUUUUAAGGUACGAGCAAACACAUUCGAAGUUUGGAUCAGAUAUUUCUUGACAGACAAACCCCAAUCCAAUAAAUCCUUAAAAUGGACGAGGAUAAGACAGAUAGUCAUACUGAAGAAUGCGAAACGGAAUAUGAAAUUCCAGAAGAUAUAGAGAACGAUACGAAAUGCGGCUUGGGUUCCUUCAAACCAGAGUCAUUACAGGUGUUUGCCCGGAUAGGAGCGUUUGUUGGUCUGUACAGCUUCUCUGGCCUGUUGACACAGACUUUGACUACUUAUGUGAACUCACAGGUUUCAAUGCUGGAGAAACAGUUUGGCUUCAGCAGCGCAGAGACCGGAUUUUUGAUGAGCUGCAACGACAUCGGAUUUCUUCUCUGUGUUGUUUUCGCGGGUCACAUUGCACGAAAGGUUCAUAUUCCCCGCGGGCUUGGUUUCAGCACAAUAUUAUUCGGUGUAUGUGGUUUGAUGUGUGCGUUGCCUUACUUUAUCAGCGAUAAAAGCGCCUAUGUCUUAUCCGACCUCCAACCUAUGCAAGAUUCAAACAUGUCCUUGAAAUCAGCUUUAUCCAGAAGCAGCAAGGUACCGCUUUGUCUAAACAACAGUGGAGGUUACAACUAUGAUGCCCGUUGUGACUCACAGUCGUCAACCGCCGAAAGAACUGCUGGGCUAGAAGAGUUAUACAUAAAGAAAGUGGCCUUUACUAUGAUCGCCGUUGGAAUGUUUUUGCAAGGAGUAGGAAAAUCUUUUCGAUUCCCUUUUGUGUCUGUAUAUAUUGACGAUGCUAUUGAAAAGCGGAAGACAGGAUUUUAUAUGGGAAUUCUUAUGGGAACAGGAAUUUUCGGACCAGCCCUCGCGUACCUACUUGGCGGCCUGUUCAGCAAAAUAUAUGUCACUUUGGAAUCUGUUGACAUAACCCCACGUGACCCUCGGUGGAUUGGAGCGUGGUGGCUGGGCUUUCUCGUGUUUGGAGGCUUUGCCGUUUUAUUCAGUGUCCCAACCAUGUGUUUCCCGCGCUAUUUAAAGUCCCAUAAACGGCGAGGGGAUUUACAAAUUAUUGCCAAAGAGAAGGCGUUGCAGAAGUUGGAAAAUAACUCCAACGGAGAGAAAGUUGUAAAGGAAAUCAAAGAAUUCCUCGCCGCUGUUUUACGCCUCCUCAAAAAUCCGACGUACCUCGUACUGACCAUUUCCAAUGUUGUCAACGUAGUGGGUUUUGCUGGUGUGCUCUCGUUCAUGCCAAAAUACCUAGCCUCCCAGUACAGCGUCCCUCUCUGGCAGGCGAAUAUCAUUUUAGCUCUAUGCAGCAUAACAGCUAUUUCUCUGGGGUCGUUCCUGGGCGGAAUUCUAACCCGCCGUAUCCCGAUGACCCCAAUGACCACAAUCAAAAUGGUCCUCAUCUUCUACGCCGUGAACAUGGUGUGCAGUGCCAGUGGCUUCUUCCUCGGAUGUAAGCAACCUGUGCUGUUCGGUGACAAUGUGCUUAUAUCCAGCGACGUACCUCCUCCGUACAAACUAACCCCUUCCUCCUGCGUGAGCGGGUGUGAGUGCAACGACCAGAAAUAUUUCCCAAUCUGCGGACAGGAUGGAAGGUCGUACUUCAGCCCCUGUCAUGCGGGUUGCUCCGUGAAGGAUACAAGCGUGUCGUUUACUAACUGCACAUGUAUUGAGGGAGGCCAGGCGGAGUCAGGCCUGUGUGACCAAGGAUGUUCUACAAACCUGUAUGUGUACGCGGCCUUUACUUUCGUUGGCAAACUCUUCGCAGCCUUAAAUUUUAUACCUACCUACAUUGCUAUGCUCAGGUGUGUGGAGGAACGGGACAGAGCCGUUGGUGCAGCGUGCAAAGUAUUCCUGACAUCGUCCCUAGGGUGGAUGCCAGGUCCUGUUAUAUUUGGCGCCAUUGUUGACGGCACGUGCACUCUUUGGAAGUACACGUGCGGCGAACGCCAAUCGUGCUUGCUUUACGAUAUUGUCUUCUUCCGAAACGCCGUCCAUGGCUACGGCCUCGUGGCUGCGGCACUUGCAAUGCUCAUCUUGUCGUCAUUAAUUUUCUACUUCCGAUCAAAGGGUCAUGAUGAGUGGGGAGAUGGAAUGAGGAGAGAGAUCGAAAAGCGAGAGGUCAAACUCAAUGUUCAGGGCAAAAAGAAGAAUGGAAAUGAAAAUAUAGUUGACCAGAGGAAAGACGUUGAAAAGGAAACGCUGGUUGAGAAUGAAAAUUAAAAAAAAGUUCAUACAAAAAUGUGAAUGUGAAGACUGGUGUUUUAGAAACGUAUUUGAAAGAAAUAUGGAAUAGACUUGUACAAAGCGCUGCACCUUGUUGUUACCUUGUAAUUUUCAAAUACAAGUAAAAUGUGUUGACCGAAAAAGGGUCCUAAUGGAACAAAACAAAACAUACUUAAUAUUACAAUAUAAGGCAGUUGCAACCUUAAUGUAUUAUAAAUCUUAGUUGAUCGUGUUUAACCCGAGAUUAAUAAUUGUUUACAAAAAUAAGCCAUUACAAAUAUUCACAAUUUUUUGUACCAUAAGAAAGCCAUAUUUAUAUGAAAACCUACAGGAAAAAAUACAGUAUUCGGAAAUUUCAACAAACAAAUAAAACAUCAGAUCAUGUUUUUUUAUUUUAUUAUAUUUUGUUCAUAAACAUUUACAACCCUGCACUGAUCAAAUGUCUUCAUUAGCCAUCAUAUUUUAGAAGCUUCGUACAAGAUUGCGUCGUAAUCUUGAACCCAGUACAGCUAACUGGUGGGUUAAGUAUGGGUUUUGAACCUUUGACACAAUGUUUUGAUAGUAAAUUAAACUGCUUGUUGAUAUAGGAGCGUUCAGUUUUGUUUUGUAGCACUGAAGAUCGGAGCAUGGAGCAUGGAUAUUGUUUCCUUUUUUCUUAUACAAUGAACACUACAACAUUCCCUGAACACUACAGAGUCAAGCUCAUGUGUCAAAGAAUCCAACAAAAAUAAAGAAGCAUAUGCAGGUGGCAAGGGAUUUGACGACAAUGCAAUAGAGACGCAUAAACGCCCCAUACACAUAAACAAACAUCACAAACAUACCAUACGCGCUACAAGAUAGCUUUACCGAUAAAUGAUGGGGUUAGCGCCUUUAAACGGUCAGUUAAGUAAUGGUUAACUCAUUUUACAUGU